UUAACUAGCAAAUCUGAUAGGAAAUUGAUUAGUUAAUCGAAGAAAAAUAUAUUUUCUGCGCUGAGAGUCUUGGCUUGCUAGUAAUAUUAAACCGAAUAUCAAAAUCGAGGAAUUUCAAUGCAACUCAGCUUGUCGUGUCCACAUAUUGUAUAUUGUAUAUAUGGAUGUGUUGGCAUGGCGGACACAUAAUUUUGCAAGUUUUGCUUUAGGAAUACAACCAUUCAUAUGUUGGCAUGGCGGAAGAGACUGUAAUUCUUAUUUUAUUGGUGAUAGUGAUGCUAGUUGGAUCUUAUCUGGCUGGAAGCAUACCAAUGCUGAUGAAAUUAAGCGAGGAGAAGUUGAAGUGUGUCACUGUUCUUGGCGCUGGUUUAUUGGUGGGUACUGCUUUAGCUGUAAUUAUACCAGAAGGUAUUCGUUCAUUGUAUAUGGAUAGUGAACGAACGACAGAUUUGACGCCAGGUCCCAAGCCUGACUACUCACAAACUAUAGGACUUUCCCUCGUACUUGGUUUUGUAUUCAUGAUGCUGGUUGAUGUAUCCCAACGAAGGAGCAAUAUUGGAAAUGACGAGAAAAAUACUGCCACCCUCACUCUUGGAUUAGUGGUACAUGCUGCAGCUGAUGGAAUUGCGUUGGGUGCUGCUGCAACGACGAGUCAUCAAGACGUUGAAAUAAUAGUCUUUCUAGCUAUUAUGCUACACAAGGCACCUGCAGCAUUUGGCUUGGUUAGCUUUUUGCUGCACGAGAAAGUCGAGCGACAACAAAUUCGCAGACAUUUGGCCCUUUUUUCCUUAUCAGCCCCACUUCUGACGAUUUUAACGUAUUUCGGGAUUGGUCAGGAGCAGAAGGAGACCUUGAAUUCAGUGAAUGCUACUGGGAUAGCUAUGCUGUUUUCCGCCGGAACUUUUUUGUAUGUUGCCACUGUGCACGUUCUCCCAGAGCUCACACAAGGUGGCCAUCACCAUCAUAAAGGUACCACUUCCGCUCAGUAUGAGUAUCGGGUAUUAGAGGAAUCUCGAGAUGUCGGCACUAUUGAAAAUAACGGUAUUGGUGCCGCGAGUAGCACUCAGGGUCAUAGUAUACAGGCUUUACGAUAUAGUGAGCUAGUAAUUAUGAUAUGCGGUGCGCUGCUACCGCUUGUCAUAACAUUUGGACAUAAGCAUUAGAAUAAGCACACGCACACAGAAACAUUCCUGUCUUUCGCGCGUUAGUAUAUUUGUAGCAUCUAUGGGCUUACAUGCAAUUCAUACUAUUUCGUGUUUAAAAUUUAAUAAAAAUCUGUGUUUGUUUGGGAUAAUUGAGUCCCUACAGUACUGUUUCGUAUCACCAAUGUUUAUUAAAUUAUUAAUCUUUAGUGCAUAUAUGUACAUACAAUUUAAAAGUUACAUUUCGAAACAUUUUAAUUCGGUUUUCAAGAGCAAUGAUUAAAAUUGAUAGAAUCAGAAAAAAGAAAGAGCAUUGGCAUUUGGUUAAAUCGAAUUAUACAUGUUUUAUAUCAAUUUAGAUUUUUAUUGUGAGUUUUUUAAAAGAUGCGAAAACUACUUGGAAAUCACAAAAUCUAUAAAUAAAAAAAAGUCUGAACGUG